GCAGCUGGUUAUGGUGGAGUUUGUACAUAAGCGGCUGUAAAUGUACUGCCUCAAGUAAACGAAUCGCUUUGUUGAUUGUGAAGUCAUGCCUUUUUUGGAGUUUGUAGCUGGGAGCAUUUCAGGUGCAGUGGGGAUUGCACUUGGACAUCCGUUGGACACAGUGAAGGUGCGUCUGCAAGCAAAGUCUGUGUAUAAAGGGAUGUUUGACUGUGUGGCUAAAACAUACUUGAAUGAAGGACUCCGUGGAUUUUUCAAAGGCAUGUCCUUUCCUGUUCUGACCACUGGCCUGGCCAACUCCAUCGUCUUUGGCUCUUACAGCAAUGCUUUACAUUACAUCUCUCAGUCUGACUGCAAUAUCCGCAGCCCCUGCAAACAAGCCUCUUCUGUGCAAGUCUUCACUGCGGGCUGCAUCUCAGGCGUUGUGCAGGUGCUGGUUUGUGCUCCAAUUGAUCUGGUGAAGGUGCGUCUGCAGGGUCAAACUGCUGCUGAGCGCUACCGUGGACCCAUACACUGCGUAGCUGUCAUACUGAAGGAGAAGGGUCUAAAGGGUCUGUACAAAGGAGGGGUGGCUAUGGCUCUGAGGGAUGUACCCUGUUAUGGACUCUAUUUCCUCCCUUAUGAGGUCAUCCGCAAAACCCUGACUGAGACUGGAGAGGAGCCAGGUACCUUUGCAAUACUUAUGGCGGGGGGCGUAGCAGGUGUAGUGACCUGGGCAUGCGCCACACCCAUGGACGUCAUAAAGGCUCGGCUCCAAAUGUCUGGAGCUGGCGGUCGGCACUAUAGCGGCGUCCUGCACUGCAUAAGAGUCAGCUUAAAGGACGAAGGAGUCAGAGUCUUCUUCAAGGGUCUUCUACUGAACAGUGUCAGGGCUUUCCCUGUCAACGCCGUCACCUUCCUCACCUACGAGAGUCUGCUGAAGAUUUUCCGUUCACCUAGUAAAUAGAAGCAUCUUCGCUAGUAAAAAAGGACUUUGUUUUUCAAAAAGGAAGCAAGAAAGUUAACUUUAAGUCUAACAGUUUCCAGGUUACAUUUCAUUCAUUGACAAAUAAUAACAAAAUGAGUUCCAAUACCUCCUGUUCCCUUAUGUUUGUACAGAAAAAUCAGCUCAUUACUCAAAUUCUGAACGCAGAACCAUCAAAUUACCAAAACUUGCUUUUAUUUAAGUACAUAUAUGAUCUGAUUAAGGAUACACAAAUAAAAGUAGUUCGACUAAACCUAAAAGCCUCAACAGCCUAACAGAGAAACCACAUUUUUAUUACAAUACUCUUUCAACACCAAUAUAGCAUACAUCAUUAGAUUUUCUGCUAAGCUAGGGUGCUUCUGUGAUAGAUGAGAGCUGCUGACAUUAGCUUCCCAACUUUAAUGCCACACUGUCAUAAUUUAUUCUAGUACUACUGAAAUAUUUUAGCUAAGAUCCUAUAAUGGGACUAUCUGAUGUCAUGUUAUGUUAUGCAAUUUUUUUAACAACCUACAAACUUUAAGCUUUUAAGAUUUAUUUUCUAAGCACAUAUCUGCCUCAAAUAUGCUAGUUCUCCUUACAGGCUUGAAUUAUCUGUUAGACCACUCCUAAUCCAAGGACAUUUGAACA